GUCUCUCUGUCAAUUCCAACAGAAAGAAAAGAAAAGAAGGAAAAUACAAGUACAAAUUUGAAGGUGAGGUUGUCUGCUCCUCGAUGGCUCCAAUGGUUUAGAGAAAUCAUGAAAUGAUCUCCAAAUAAUCGUCUCCCAUCAUGUUGGAUACUAAGCAAAAGCAACUUAUUCAUCAAGAGGCUUCUAGAACCCAGUUAGACACUUCUUGGAGGAUCCAAAAAAAUCCAAAAAAAAAAAAAAUUAUCUUAAAAAUAUCUCCAGCAGCUACACUUUUUGUUGCACACGGGAGUUCCCAUGUCACUUUAUCAGUGUGAACUGAACUGCUUUUUCUCCAUUUUCCCACUCGUCUUCUUCCUUGCAAUUUUCGGCUUUGGGCCUGUCCGUAUUUCAUAUUUCUCAAUCGUCUUCUCCAAAUUCUGAUCGUUGAUUUCGAGAUAUGGGUUCCAGAAUCGUACCCUGUUCUAAGAGCUGGCAGAGCACGAUGCAGAUUUCAGCACCAGUUUCUUCUUCUUCGUCGAAAGCGUCGUGGGUUUCGGUUUCUUUCCCUUCUGUGACAAAACCAUGUGGAAGAAGCAGUGGAGCUCUGGGUUGCGGGUUCGUUCGUUGGUUAAACUCUUCCGGGUCGGGUGAUUUGAAACGUCGACGUACUUCGAACCAGUCUUGCAGAUCAAAGUUUGAUGAUUUCUCGUACGAAGAAUUGUCGAACCAGAUUGAGGGAUUGGCGCAAAGGUUCAAUCUUUCCGAGGACGGUGACGAGAACGUCGAGGAACCGGCUUUUGUGGCGUCGAAGACCUCGAAUAUCUCUCCGAUUUUGACUUACCCAGAAGGCGAAAACAGCAAAGGCGGCGGCUUUUCGACGCGGUUUUCAAGCUUCAAGUUCAGUGCGUUGGAACCCUCUCUGCUCGGGAUUCAUCCGGAGCCGCCGGACUGGCCGGAGAGAAGCGAAAUCGUCAGAACCGCCAUGGAAAGAAAGGCCAACAGCCUCGAGUUUCCGGUUUCGCUCCGGCUAAUCAAGAAGAAGCAGCGGCAGCAAAGGGAAGAGGGUCCUAAAGGAGGAGCAGGGGAGAUUACUUCUUGCUCCCUGAACAAGGCAUUCUCUUCCAUGGUGUUUAUAAUCCAUGAGCUCCAUAGCCACGCUUUGAGUAUAAGGGAAAGUUUGUACUCUGAAGAUUUGCAGGAGGUGAUAGCGACGGUGCAGAAGAGAGAGAUGAGCAUGUCAUUUGUAUGGUUGUUCCAGCAGGUGUUUUCGGGGUCGCCGACUUUGAUGGUUUACGUGAUGAUCUUGCUGGCGAAUUUCAGUGUGUAUUCGAUGAAUUGCAAUGUUGUUGCUGCAGCACCUCUGCCUGUUAUGGCCGAGACUUUGACCGAGACUGAGACAGAGGAACAACCCUACUCGAAACCCGAUUAUAUUUCCGAUAACGAUUCUACUAGGGUUGUGAAAAAGACCUCGAAUGAGGGCAGUAAGGCCGAUUUUCUUGACAAUGUGACCUCGGAAAGUUCAAUCAGGCAUGCCAUUGUUGAUCUUGAGAAGAUGUAUGGUGUCUCCUUGUUCAAUGAUAAGGAGUUCACUGCAGAGGAGGAUGUGAAGUUGUGGAACUCUGUGAUGGAGGAAGCUUCGAGAAGGCAGUCAGAAAUGAGGGAUGAGGCUCUUGAUCACGCAACGGUGCAGCAAUUCGUGUCACCGAUAACUGUGAAUAUCGAACCGGAUUAUCAUGAGCACUACUUUAGGACUGACCUUUUGUACCAGAUGGGUUUAGCUCAGGAUCCUCAGAAUGCACUUCUGCUCUCAAACUAUGCACAAUUCCUCCAUGUCGUGGCUCGCGAUCACGAUAGGGCCGAGGAGUGCUUCAGGCGUGCCGUGCAAGGGGAGAAACCAGACGCUGAGGCUUUGAUCCGGUACGCGGACUUCUUGUGGAUAGUAAGGAAAGACCUGUGGGGUGCAGAAGAGAGAUACCAGCAAGCAGUGGCAGAGGAGCCAGACAAUCCCUAUUACGCCUCCAGAUAUGCCAAUUUCCUCUGGAGCACUGGCGCCGAAGAUACUUGCUUCCCUCUCAGUACAUCCUAGGGUAACUGAUGAAAUUGAGGUUUCACCAUAAAACUAAUUGACAAAUUAUGACGGGUAUGUUAGACCAAGUCAGAGUUAUCAAGAAUCCAGCUCAUGUUUAAACUCUGAAGUCUGUUAUUCAGGAAUGCAGUCCUUAUCCAAGGAUAAUUCUGAUAGGUCUAGCAUAUUUUUCAAUGUUUGAAAGUUUGAUUUCACAGAUGUUGUAUCGUUCAAAUUCAAAUGUUGCCGUCUAAAUAGGGUUGAUAAACCCCUGAUGUAAUCUCAAAAUUAUUAUAAAUACAUGCAACCCAUCAGUUGAUGGAAAUCUCUCA